AGUGCUCGGCCGCCAUGCUGCUGGGCCGCUGCCGCCUCCUGUUCCGCGCCGGUGCCGCCCGCCCGGCCCGCGCCUGCUAUGGCGAGGCGGCGGCGGUGGGCUCGCGGCCCGACGCGGGCUCUCCGCUCUACCAGGUAGGCUGGGCCGGGCGGGCCCGGCUCCUUCCGGCCGGCGGGCCGCGGGCGCUCGGGGCGGGCCUUAGCGCCCAGGCGCUGCUCCUCGGUGUCCCCGAGUGAACCCUCCGUCGUUACAAAGCCCGGCGCUGUGUGGUGCGUGCCGCCCGUAGCCGCCGUGCCUCGUUCAGGGCGGGCGGGACUCGGCCCGCCGCCACCCUGCUGCCUCCUCCAUACGGUUCUAUAGCAAAUGUCCGCUUCUGAUCGCUUUAUCCGGGCUGAGUUUAAAGAUGCCUUCUGAAGAGAGCAAGGAUACGUCUGUCUUACUGCGGAAUUUUACUUUCCUCUUAAUUAUUGAGUGCCUCGUUUGCAGGGUUGAGGAUGUGGUGGUAUCUGAGUGACUGAGCUGAGGUUCGUAGCGGGCUGAGAGCGCUGCCCCCUCAUCCCACAGCUGGGCACUCCCUGCUGUUGGCAGCUUCAGACCUGAGGAGAAGGGGAGGGGAUGGCGCGGGGUGCCGGCAGCAGGCGUCCUCCUUGGGGAGGAAGGGCAGAAGAUGCGAGCGGAGUUGGAUGUUUCUUACCACGGUGACCGUGUUGUACAUUGCCUUAUAUUAAUGGUGCUGUAUCACCAUCUUCACCCGCAAGUUGAAAGUUGUGUUUAACAGUUAGGCGGUGAAUAAGGCAGUUUUAGGUGUGGGUCGGAGCUGGUAGGAAAUUCUGUGAAGCACUUCAUGCAGUUCUGAAUGUGGUUUUGCAGAAACCUUUGGGACAGAACUUCAGGUUACAGAGACUUCUGCGGGACACCAGUAUGUGUAUAUUUACAUGCCAGCCUUGAUUAUAUGAAUGCGUUUACAUACAUGUAUAUAAACAUGUAUAAUAGCACAUAAUGCAUGCACACAUAUUUGCAUCUGCAAACAAACAAACAAAGAAUCAGCAGUUUAAUAAAUGCGUUUACUCAGCUAAGCUGUCAGUGGGUUUGCAUUUGUGUGAGCACCUUUAGAUCUCAAAAGCCAAGGCUGGAUGACUCUUUGUAGGACGCUUUAUUUUUACUUCCAUUUUUAGCUCUUCUGUACUUUGGCAGCAGUUUCCAAUGAGACUUCAAGACAGGAAAAGUGGCUCUGUUAGAUGAGCCCACCUGUGUGUAGUGGGAGUGCGUGCUACGUCAUUCAAGCAGUCAUAGAGCUGGUAGUGUUCGUACUUGGAAGAUGUAGUUAGUGCAGCAAUGUGAAUGGACGUCGUGCUUCACAGACACGAAGGGCUGUGAGGUGUUAAACAGCCUGAAAAAAAAAAAAUAAUGCUGUGCAGAGAAUAACAGUGCAAACACCAGAGAGCGUAGCAGUGUGUGAUGAAGGUCUCGCCUCCUUGUAGCUGGAGUUUGCCCUUCUGGCUGUCAGUUCAGCCAGACAGGUUGGCCUUCAUAAUGUAUACUGUCUGUAAAGCUAGACAUGUGAAAAUGUAAUUCAGCAAUGAGUUAGUCUAAAUUCUGGAAGACGGAGGAGGCUGUGUGUGAAGACUCUCAGGAUUAGCUCUUACAGCUGCUUUGCUUAGGUAGCAAUAAUUCACUUAGCUCAUUAGGAUCUUAGGAUCAAGGCUGUAACUUUCACUUCUUGAUCCUGCUUUGAGUUCCUAGGAGCCCUCGCACUAAGAGCAGAAUUUUGUGGACUCUACUGGUGCAGAGGCAGGUUUACAGGAGGAAAGUGUGUCCGUUUGCCUGCGUUUUUGGCAUUAAUUAAUUAAGAGGCCUCAAAGAUACGGCAGAACUAAUAGGUUCGAUCCUGCAUGGAGCCAUUUCUGCAUGUGUUCAAAACCUAUAUGCAUCUUUGCUUUUCCUUUGUAAUACGCAGAGCUGUCAUGUUGUGGUUAAAGAAUGAAACAUAAGGUCAGAAAUUAAAUAUUGGAGCACAAUGUUUUUACUGAUGGCAUAAGAAAUCCUUCCAUGAGUACUCCUGCAGGAGAGCAGAUAAAAUAGCUGCAGAAGUUGUUAAUCCAGAAUCAGAUAAGGAAGACUGUGAUUGCUGUGCCCCUCUUAAUUCCCUCUGCCAUUUUUAGCUGUAUUUUUUCCUAUUUCAAGGUGAAUAUUUAAUCCCAGUAGUUUGUGAAGAAGCUGAGUGUGCUUAGAGGAAACAGGUAAGGGGAGACAAGGACAUCUGUGAGCAGUGCUGGAAGGUGAGCCAGCUGGCAUACAGACUCACAGUAAGGUGGAGUGUUGAGACAGAGUUUUACAAGUAUGCACUUUUACAGGAGAGGAGCUUUAAGUGGUCUUUUGAGGGACUGAGAUCAGGGUUUGUUUUCUUUAGCGGUGUGUGACUGCAGUCACUGUUAAGUCCAUCACAGGGGUGGAGUCAGACAAACAAAUGUGGCUGAUUUGUUAUUUCCCUGGGUGCUGUGAGCGGUCACUGAACCUCCAGUAGGCCAUUCCUGUGUCAUUCCACAGCUGAGGAGGAAAAGAGCGGAUGCAUAGUAAUAAAUGCACGAAGGUCCAGUCUGCACUGUGCUGCGUGCGCUCCGACUGGAGCCCAGGGUGGCACACAAUGUACCCUGCUGGUAGAGGACGUCUGAGUGUUGAUCUCACCAAUCAGCUCGUGGAGUUCCUGGGGCUAAGGGGCAGCUUCCCUUAAGGAAGUGCUUCCUUUACAACGUCCUUCUGGGCAGCUAAACCACUGUGAAUGCACAGUGCCUGUGCACGUGUUUUCAUUCUGUUUGCCCUUUACAUUGUGAUGCCUUUCUGUGAUUCAGAGCUGAGCAAACCAGACUACAGCACUUGCUGCUUCCUAGGGAAAACUAUGAACGAAUGAAAGCCCUGGUAACUCAACUCCAAGAACAAGCAGAAAAAAUCAGGUUAGGAGGUGGAGAAAAAGCUCGUAAACUUCAUACAUCAAGAGGAAAGUUGUUACCCAGAGAGAGAAUUGACAGACUUAUUGAUCCAGGGUCUCCGUUCUUGGAGUUCUCCCAGUUUGCAGGCUACCAGUUGUAUGGUAAUGAAGAGGUUCCAGCAGGAGGUAUUAUCACAGGCAUUGGACGAAUAUCUGGGGUGGAAUGUUUGAUUGUUGCCAAUGAUGCAACUGUCAAAGGUGGUACUUACUAUCCCAUCACUGUUAAAAAACACUUACGUGCUCAAGAAAUUGCAAUGCAAAACCAUCUGCCUUGCAUAUAUUUGGUUGAUUCUGGAGGAGCAAAUUUACCUCGGCAAGCAGAAGUAUUUCCAGAUCGAGAUCAUUUUGGUCGUAUUUUCUAUAAUCAAGCAAUCAUGUCUUCGCAAGGAAUUCCACAGAUAGCAGUAGUGAUGGGAUCCUGUACAGCAGGAGGAGCAUAUGUACCUGCAAUGGCUGAUGAAAGCAUUAUUGUUGGCAAACAGGGAACAAUAUUCUUGGGAGGACCACCACUGGUUAAAGCAGCAACAGGUGAAGAGGUAUCAGCAGAGGAUCUUGGUGGGGCAGAUCUUCAUUGCAGACAUUCUGGUGUAACAGAUCAUUAUGCUUUGGAUGACAGUCAUGCACUUCAUCUGGCAAGGAAAACCGUAAGAAGUUUAAAUCUCCAAAAGAAAGUAGAUGUGUCUAUAGAACCGUCAGAAGAACCUUUAUUUCCUGCUGAUGAAAUAUAUGGAAUAGUUGGUGACCAGCUAAAAAGAAACUUUGAUGUCAAAGAGGUUAUUGCUAGAAUUGUAGAUGGGAGUAAAUUUGAUGAAUUCAAAGCCUUGUAUGGAGAUACUUUAAUCACAGGAUUUGCAAGAAUAUUUGGUUAUCUAGUAGGAAUUAUUGGAAACAAUGGAGUUCUCUUCUCAGAGUCAGCAAAAAAGGGUACACAUUUCAUUCAGUUGUGUUGCCAGAGAAAUAUUCCCAUUGUGUUUUUGCAGAACAUUACAGGUUUCAUGGUUGGUAGAGAAUAUGAAGCAGGAGGGAUAGCAAAAGAUGGUGCAAAGAUGGUAACCGCUGUAGCUUGUGCCAGUGUACCUAAAAUAACAGUCAUUAUUGGUGGCUCCUAUGGUGCUGGAAACUAUGGGAUGUGUGGAAGAGCAUACAGUCCAAGAUUUCUGUAUAUGUGGCCAAAUGCUCGCAUAUCGGUGAUGGGAGGGGAACAGGCUGCAACUGUUCUAGCUACAAUAGCUAAGGACCAAAAAGCAAGAGAGGGAAAACAGUUAUCUAAGGCAGAUGAAGAAGCCUUGAAGGAGCCAAUCAUUAGGAGGUUUGAAGAGGAAGGAAACCCUUAUUAUUCCAGUGCACGGCUGUGGGAUGAUGGAAUUAUUGAUCCAGCUGAUACUAGACUGGUUUUGGGCCUCAGUCUCAGCGCAGCACUAAAUGCACCUACAAAGAAGACAGAAUUUGGGGUUUUCAGGAUGUAAUCUGAACGUAUGCUAGUCAGAAUUGCCUCUGUAUAUUUUAACGUGGACUGGAGAGUGAAGUUAUUUACAACACUGAAGUGUUCUAAACUGGUUUAAGAAAUAAAGGCUCAUACAAUGCUGUUCCUGAUGGAAGUCUUGAUUAUAUAUAUUCACUGAAUAAUCACCGUACAGGCCUUUGAUGUCUUGAUACUGAUUUGAGACCAGUCAGUCACAGUGCUUGUAGAGCACUGCGUUGCUCAGUUCAUGAAUAAACUGCAACUUCUGGCAUUGAGUUAAAAUGUUUGAUGAGAAAUCAUUCAUCCCUUACACAAAUAAACCUGCAAAAUAUGCUGCA